GGAUCUGACUGUUUGUGAUUGGUAAGCUGUGCAAAUGCAUUUGCCAGCAGGACUUCAAUGGAAUGUGAAACCAAAUCAGUUACAAGUUAAAGAUAGACACACACAGACUACCCAGCAUCUUGGGCAGGGAUUUAAAAUCUCUGGAUUUCUGGAACUUUCUGCUUGCUUCCCCAGGAUUUAGUUCCCAUUUUUUUCAGACAAUGCACUGGAAUUAUUAGGGAGGGUGAGCUGAUCAUGGUGCAAACAACAGGCUGCAGUACACUGCUGGGUCAUAUUUAAGUGAUGUCCACUAGGACUCCGAGGUCCCUUUCACAAUUGCUACCAUUGAGUCAGAAUGAUUGAAGAUUGUGGGAAAAGAGGCGCUACCAUGGCAGAAAGGAGGCAGCUGUUUGCAGAAAUGCGGGCUCAAGAUCUGGAUCGUAUCCGUUUGUCCACUUACCGAACAGCAUGUAAGCUUAGAUUUGUGCAGAAAAAAUGCAACUUGCAUCUGGUGGACAUUUGGAAUGUUAUAGAAGCAUUGCGGGAAAACUCUUUGAACAACCUAGACCCAACUAUAGAGCUGAAUGUGGCUCGACUAGAAGCUGUGCUUUCCACUAUUUUUUACCAACUCAACAAACGUAUGCCAACAACCCACCAGAUUAUCGUCGAACAAUCUAUCGGUUUAUUGCUCAACUUUUUGCUGGCAGCUUUUGAUCCAGAAGGACAUGGAAAAAUAUCUGUGUUUGCUGUCAAAAUGGCCUUGGCAACACUUUGUGGAGGAAAGAUUAUGGAUAAAUUAAGAUAUAUAUUCUCAAUGAUUUCAGACACUGGUGGGAUAAUGGUGUAUGGAAAGUAUGACAUGUUUUUGCGAGAAGUUCUUAAACUGCCCACUGCAGUCUUUGAAGGUCCUUCUUUUGGUUAUACAGAACAAUCUGCAAAGUCUUGUUUUUCUCAACAGAAAAAAGUUACACUGAAUGCUUUUUUGGAUACUCUUAUGUCUGAUCCUCCACCACAAUGUCUUGUCUGGUUGCCACUUCUACACCGACUGGCAAAUGUUGAGAAUGUCUUCCACCCUGUUGAGUGUUCCUAUUGCCAUAGUGAGAGCAUGAUGGGAUUUCGCUACCGAUGCCAGCAGUGUCACAAUUACCAGCUCUGUCAAGAUUGCUUCUGGAGGGGACAUGCCAGUGGUUCCCAUAGCAACCAACACCAAAUGAAAGAAUACACGUCAUGGAAAUCACCUGCUAAGAAGUUAACUAAUGCACUUAGCAAGUCUUUAAGCUGUGCUUCCAGCCAUGAACCCUUGCAUCCAAUGUUCCCUAAUCAGCCUGAAAAACCUCUAAACUUGGCACAUAUAGUAGACACCUGGCCUCCUAGACCAGUCACCAGCAUGAAUGACACACUAUUCUCCCACUCUGUUCCCUCAGGAAGUCCUUUCACAAACAGAAGGUUACUUGAGAGUAUAAAUAUAGACAGUCCGGUGGUUGAUGAGCAUGCUAUUAUAAACCUGUAUGUAAAUAAGCUACACAACAAUUCACGGUUACAGUAUAGCCUCGAUGUUGCAGACAGGCUGGCUGAUGAACAUGUUCUCAUUGGGUUGUAUGUCAACAUGCUCCAGAACAACCCUUCACGUUUACUUGACAGCCCGAACCGUCUUGAUGAAGAACAUAGACUGAUUGCCCGGUAUGCAGCAAGACUGGCAGCAGAGACUACUUCAUCACAGCCACAACAGCAACCACAACAAAGAGGUGCUCCAGAUAUUUCAUUCUCUAUUGAUGCAAAUAAGCAACAACGACAGCUUAUUGCAGAACUUGAAAAUAAGAACAGAGAAAUCUUACAAGAGAUUCACAGACUACGGCUUGAACAUGAGCAGGCAUCUCAGACCACCCCAGAGAAGGCAGCACAAAACCCUACGCUCCUGGCAGAACUUCGCCUCCUGAGACAGAGGAAAGACGAGUUGGAACAGAGGAUGUCAGCUCUUCAGGAAAGCCGAAGAGAACUCAUGGUUCAGUUAGAAGGCCUCAUGAAACUACUCAAGGAAGAAGAAUUGAAGCAGGGAACCCAAGGGGCAGGCUCUCCUCGCUCAUCUCCCAGCCACACGAUCAGUCGGCCAAUUCCAAUGCCUAUCAGAUCUGCAUCUGCCAGCUCAACUCCAGCCCACACACCACAAGAUUCUCUGACAGGGGUGGGAGGAGAUGUGCAAGAAGCUUUUGCGCAAGGUACAAGAAGAAAUUUAAGAAAUGACUUGUUGGUAGCUGCUGAUUCAAUCACCAAUACCAUGUCUUCUCUGGUGAAAGAGUUAAACUCAGAAGUUGGAAGUGAGACAGAAAGUAAUGUGGAUUCAGAGUUUGGUCGGACUCAUUUUGAUGAUCUUGUUCCAUCACCAACUUCUGAAAAGGCUUUCCUGGCACAAAUCCAUGCCCGGAAGCCAGGAUAUCUUCACAAUGUAGCUGCUACUGGAACCAUUCGCAGUGACCUGGUUACAGAGGAUGGAGAUGCUUAUGUUAGAGCUGAUGAUGAGAACUACGAAAAUGAUUCUGUCCGCCAACUAGAGAAUGAACUCAAGAUGGAGGAAUAUUUGAAGCAGAAACUGCAAGAUGAAGCUUAUCAGGAAAGCUGCAGUCCAAUGGAUAAUGAAAGUGAUGUAAAAACUGAAGAGGGGAAGGAGAAGAAGGAAGAGGAGGAAGAGGAGGAAGACAACACUCAGACUAAUGACAAAGAUAGCCUAGCUGCCAGCUUCAACGAAGAAGUGAAAAAUCAAGUGCAGCCUCACUAACCAACUAGGUCUCCAGACUGUAGCACAAUUAUUUUGUUUCCCAAGUUCUAGUUUGUAGGUGUUUUAUUUUUGAAGAUUAAAAAACCAUGAUUUUUAUUUAAAGCUAAAUUAUAUCAGCUACAUCAUAUGUAACAUGGCUUAUUAUUGAUGAAGAACACUGGAUAUACUAACAAAAUACAAACCCUUUGCACAUACUUUUAAACCUGUUCAGUUUACAAUGACAGUACUGUUUAUAUUAGAAGUUUGAUUUCCAAAUAAUUUGAGGUUUUAGAACAUUUUCAUACACACUGUAUAUUGUUUUUCCAUGGAGGGAAUUUUAAAAGUAUAAUGAUACAUUUAUCAUUGAAUAAAUAUACUCCUGUGUGUACAUAUUUAUAGCCCAAAAAUGAACUAUAGUUGCAAUACUGAACCCAAACAUACUUGCAGAAUUCUUACAGAUACUACUAGGAAUUGCACACAUGUUGAUAUUACAAUAUUGCAUCUUUGGAUAGCAAUUUGUUUUUAAUAUUACUGCAAAAUAAAUACAUGAAAAUUUAAAAACAAACUUGUACAAAAUGCACUAAGAAGUAUCUCUAUGACUUAGGGCUACUACAUAACUUAACGAAUGUUUUCUUUCAAAAUAUAAUCUAACAAAUCAGCCAUAGAAGUUAGUGUAAAUAUUUUCUUUCCAAAUAGAAAUCAUAUACAAAAGACAACAUUCAAAUUAUAUAGAAUCUAGUUUUUAAAAUCAGUACAGAUCUUCUUAAAACUGUGAACUAUGUUUUGAAAUACUCGUUACUAAAGCUGUUUAUAAACCACAGGUGCCAUAAAAUCCCUAAACUAAUUGUAUAAUCUUCAUUGUAUUAUUUUGUUGCAGUUUUAGAACUUUCUUUCACAUUAUCUCCAUCUUUCAUAUCUUGUUGGUUGAGGCCUUCAGCUUUAAAUGUACAGACCUUAAAAGAUUGCUUGCUUUCUUCUCUUAUUUUUGAAUGUGCAUUGCCUUAGUCAACCAUCAGUUGUUUUGUGUGCGUUCUUGGAAAUGGGCCAGGGGUAUUUGCAGGGUAUUGUCAAAAAAUCAAGAUGGCUGCCAUGCACAUCUUGCAAUGUACAUAAACAGGCAGAGCUUUUAUCACAUUAUCAUGGCUGCCAUUUUGCUUUUUUUUUAAUCUUACCCUUUGGACACUCCUGGAAUGAGUAGAGAGACUUUCUUCAGGGGCCAAAUGGGGUAAACUGCUAAAUAUGAAAAGCACAUGGCGGGGGGGAUGUGUCCUUUCUAAAAAGAAAAAAAUACUUUAUGUAAUUAUAGCAGUAUCUCUUUUGAGUAAAUCUUAAUACGCUAUUUAAAAAUAAUAGGAGGCUGCUCCCCUGAGGAUUAUAAAUGGAAAAGAUACUUUGCAAUCUUAUUUUCCCUAUACAGUAAAUUAGUUACAAGCAAAUUUUAGCCCUGAGGAAAACAGCAAAUGAUUUAGAAAUUGUUAGGUGUUUAGGGCAAUGUUUAUUAAUGAUGCAACAAUUCUAUCAUUAAGCAUGAAUUUAGAAUAGCUCAAAUAUGUAAAUCCAAAGUUAUUGUUAAAAAAAUAAUAAUAACUCCUUAAACUUGCUUAUAUAUUGUACUGUCCAAAUUAAAAGAGGAAUCUUUCUGUUGAUUCUACAAGGGACAUGCUUCAGAUGAAAGAUACAUGAAUUAAAUAACUCUAGCUACUUUCUCACUCAUGCACAAAAUAAUUGUUAUUCCUGGCAUCUUCCUUCUUGUGUCUUUCUCAAUAUUGUCUCUAUGUAGACAAAUCACAGCAUUUAGAGAAUUGCAGAAAAUUAUUUUAAAAAAUGUUUACAUAGAGACACCCCAGAAACCCCACCUUCGCAAUAAUUACUCUUUACUCCUGUAAUGUCUACCAUUUUCACAUGGUGGAUACAUAACUUUUGACAACUUACCUCUCCUAUGCCCUUCUCUCAGGAACUGGUUACUCUCUACUAGUGCCUAGCACACAUCAGUUAAUACUAGACAGUAUAUUGGCAAUUCUUGCUGACAGCUCAGGACUCCAGCCAAGUAUUUCCUAAAGAGAAGCAAAAUUUUAUGAAAAAGAUCUAAACCCAGCUAGAUACAGUUAGAGUAGUGAUUGUGUUUCUCUAAUAUAGUCCUUAAUUUACACAUCCAUAUUGCAUGUAAAGCUCAUGCAUAAAUCUAAACUUUGAAAAUCUGUGCAAAAUGUACCGUCAUCACAACAUAUGCACCAUUCUCUCAGUCUGGUUUCAGCACAGAUUCCUCAAAGCAGAGCUCUAGGUGGCCUCUUAUACUCUGGAAGUCUAAGUUAAAGCACUUUUUCAUUUGCCUCCAAAAUCAAAACCUACAUUUGCUACAUCAAUCAGUGUUAAGCUGACAGUGGCUCAGCAUAGACAAUACUUUCCUCUGAUUUCUAUCCAGCAUCUGGGAAACAAAACUGUCAUGAUCUAACAGAGCAACUCAACCUCCUGGGCCAUUAACCAAUGUGUGAGUAUAACAUUUGAAUAAAGAAAUGCUUGCAUAAGACUUCACUAACAAAGGCCUUAAUCAGAUCAUCUGUUUCUGUAUUUUGUCUAUUUUGUCUAUUCCUAACGGAAUAGGAUAUUAUGCGGAUGUCCUUAUUCAGAUAUACAUCAACUUGCAUGCUCAAGGAAUCUAGGCCCAAAGCUAGUGUUACAGACAUACCUUUCCAUGCACAAUGAAGCAAGCAUGUAAAGAAAGUUGAGUGAGAGUUUUGUCUCAAAUGGGCCAAUGUUUUAGCCCAUACAGUCUUUGUUUGCUAAACAUGUUUGGAUGGUGAACUUCAAAGUUACUGGAAUGGUUGAAAUAGCCAUUUAUCAUUUUUCAUGGCUAAUUACUAUAGCCUAAAACUUCUUGUAGAUUGUUAAUGGAAAGAUCAUUAAGAGGCAAGAAUUAGAAUGUGAAAAUAGCAGGAUUCUUGAAUGUUGAAAGAAAAGAGAGGAUAGAAUCUCUGUAAGUAGUAAUGUUAACUUUAAAACUGCAUUAAAAGGUGUGUGGCCUUUGUUGUGAUAAUAUGUAUUUUCUUAUAUGCAUGAGAAAAAAUGUUGCAUCAUUAUUUAGCACAGAUGUCUGUCUUUUACUUUAGCCACUUUCCUCCAUUCUUAUAAGUUCCUUGGAAUUGCUGUAGAUAUAUCUUGUAAAUACCACAACUGCAGGUUGCAGCAGUUAGGUUGGUUCAAUUCAGUGCCAGAGCCUUGAAUGACAAGACAGGAAUUUAUUUGUGAACCAAAAAGUAUGAAGAAUUACAUCUUGAAGCUACUAACUGUCUGAUGUUUUUAACUACUGUUAUUUCACACCAGUCUGAACAGACACACUGCAAAUUUUACAUUGUCCAUUGGUAUUGUAAACAGAACUAUUAUUGUAUGGGGUUUUUUGUAUUGCUGUUAAGUAUUGUUUUGUGUGUGUGUGCGUGUGUGUUAAGCCUACUGGGGACAUAUUUUGAAGUGAUUAAACUAUUUAAUUGUGUGUCUAUAUUUUGGAAUGGAAUUAUUUCUUCAUUAAAAAGAAUUUUUAAAAAUAAUUAAUUGAGUCUCCCCUCUUGCUGUUUGCACUGACCAAGAUACAUUUUUCCCUAUUCCAGCAGAAUUAUUUCUUAGUUUAAUUUAGAAAAAAGAGGUAUGGAGAUACAUAUUUUUUAACAAUAAUAUCUAAGAUUUCUAACAUCA